AUGACGGCGGCCAGGCAAUGCGGGCCUGGUGACAGCCUGCAGAAUACCGUGCCCACGCGGGUUUCAACGGGGCCUCACAAGCAUGCGGCGACUCUUACCAGCAAAUCGACGGCGACCGCCAAGACGACACAGCCAAGUGGCACGCGGUUCACCGGCGCCACCGCGCAAGAUCCGGAGCAGGAUGAUACCUCCAAAGUCGCGCCACCAUAUGCAGACACACCAUACGAGCCACCUCUGGUGUCGCCAAGUUUCGCUUAUUUCACGAGACUCCCGUCCGAGAUUCGCUUCCUUGUCUGGCGCGAGGCAUAUCUGGAACAUCUCGCUUCGCAGCCGUGCGUAUGCAUCUAUCAGGGCGGCACCAUUCCCAUAGGGGACGAAGAUGACACCAGCAAGAUGGCCGGAGCUGGCAUGGCGUCGCGUGGCGUUCGGUACAACCACGCGCCCCCGAGAGUGCACCCAGAAUCUGCGCUCCUCGAGACGGUGUGCCGCGAGGCACGCUUGACAUGCAUUGCUCAGCGUGGCAUCAGAAACGCUCCGAACCAAGCCGAACUGGCACCGGCCUCUCAUGGCAAGGCAGAGUCCGCAGCAGGCUCUGAAGUCGGAAUCUUGCCCCCCUUGCGCCUUCCGUCUCGAGUAUUCGAUACAGCGAAGGACAUACUGUACAUCGACCGCCAGAAGCGCCACGGCGACGGCUCGACCAUAGUGUUCUACCUCGGCGACCGCACCCAAUGGGUACGGCAUGUCCGGCACAUUGCACUUCCCUUCUCUUUGGCGCUUGACAUCGCCUGGCAGCCAGCACUACUGAGACACCUGACCAGCCUGGAGACGAUCUCUCUCGUCUUUCCAUUAAACAUCCACUCAGCCCACAAUCCACGGGCGCCGUCACAAGAGCUGCAACGCCGUGAAGUCAUGCUCUGGUCGUCGAUCACAUUGCCGAGUCCGACGCCCACGCAGCGCCUGAGCCUCAGAACACUCACGGCUGAAGAGCUGGAGGAGCUUCGAGUCAAGGACGAUCCGCGACGCCCUCCGUCCACGCUCGUCGGAAGAAACUGGGCUCGAGGUGGGGAAACGGGACGUGCCUUUAUCGAGCUCGUCAAGAGCAGCAUUGGCAACCGGAUCCGCAGGACGGACGAGUACAGCAAGGAGCUUCAGCGCUUCUACUGGACACCAGACGGGAGCUUCAAGUUCGAGAUCGAAGGGUGUGUCUUCCUUUGA